CAGAAAGUUGAUUGAAAAUUCUUUAAGUCCCUCAAAAUUAGUGUAUAGAACUUAAAUAGAAAAUAUAAAUGGGUUGAAAACAUAGCAUUCUGUGUAUAAUAAUACAAAUUAUAAGCGACCGGUUUUUAAACAAAUAUCUGAUGACCAAAUAAAUUGAAUAUACAUAUCGUUAAACUAAAUAUAAUUUGUUUAGUAUUAAAUGAACUACUGAAUCGGGUACAACCGAAUAGUUACUUGAACAAUUACCAAACUAAUUGUUAAUUAUUGGUUUCGUUUCCACCCCGCCCAGAACUGAGUACAUCUUGGAUGCGCGGCGUGAAAUUACGUACCCCGCGGCGCGUAAACCUCAAUUUACCCGCCAGUGAACGGCCGCGAAAGGCUUACGGUUCAGUGGGGCCCGUCAGUUAUGUAGCUUUGGGGGCGAAGGCUUCCCGCUCUUAACAGAUAAAUAACGAACUUUAUUUCCGAGUAACUCUAGAAUGUGAAUCCCCUCUAAAUAUUUCCCUCCAUCUAUCUACUCUGCUUCCCUCCCUCUCUCUCUCUCUCUCAUCCCCCUGUUCUCAAAUCUCUCUUUCUCUGUCCAAUCUCAACCACUCUCGCCCUGUUUUAUAAAAACAGAGGCAACUGGAGAACUUUUUCUUCCUUGCUCUCUCAUCAUUGUUUGUAGAUCUCAUUGACGUUUUUUUUUUUCUGGGUGGGGAAAAUGGUCCAUAAUUUCAAACCUGGAGAUGGCCAAGACGACGGGGAUCAUUCUAAGAGACGAAAGACUGAAAUGCAGGGAAUAAGACCUCCGAAUCUCAGAUUGAAUAAGACUACAGAAUUUAUGAUGCGAAUCGAGAAGAGGCUAUUUGAGAAGCCACGUACAAAGUACCAAACAAUCAAAAAAUAUCAAUCUGAGGCUGAGAAGCUUAAGGCCUCUAAUUUCCCUGCACGUAAACUCGAGAUUGGUUCUUGGGAGAGAGUGGCCAAGAACGAUAAUGAAAUAGUGGGAAAAUUCUACUUUGCGAAAAAACUACUCAUUUGGGAGUUGCUUGAAAAAGAUGGGCUGAAGAAAAAGAUACAGAUUCAGUGGAAUAAUCUAUCAUCACUCAGAGCAAUAUAUAUGGAAGGAAAAGCUAGCAUUCUCCAAAUUGAGUUAGAAAAACCACCAACAUUCUAUGAAGAACAAGAUCCUCAACCAAAGAAGCAUACAUUUUGGAAAGAAAUCAAAGAUUUUACAAAUGGGGAAGCUUCAAGAUGCAGAAGACACACUCUUACAUUUGCCGAAGGAGUCCUAGAGAAACACUACGAAAAGCUGGUACAUAGCAACGGCUUACUGUUUUUAAUAAGUCGAGGUUCUUUCCCUGCAAAUGAUUCUCCUUUCUUCGAUAUUAUUGAGCCUGAGGAUUCACCGUUAGAGAAUCAAUAUGCACAUAUGAAUCCAAUCCAAGAAUCUGGACUUAUGGUUCAGCCUCUUCGGCUGCUUCCCCAAGAGUUUCCCUUUGCUCAUUACCCAUCAAUGAUCGAAAACUUGGACCCUAUGAUUCCAGGUAUGCACUUUGCAGCUAUGAAUGAACAUGCUUUGAAUCAUAUGUCCAUUGAUCCAAUGCUCCCAAUUUCAGCGAACAACUUCCAACCUACUAACAGCCCAGAAAUGAACUCUGGCCUAAAUGUGAGCUUUCCUCCACAAACUUGUGAGAGACGCAAGGGUUGUGUUUUUACAAUGGAUAACCAAAUCCAAGAGCAGCCCAUGUUGGCUUAUUCAACUUCGGCGACAAACCUCAACUCUAGGAGAGUCAUGUUCGAUCCAAGGACACAAAUUUGGGUUAGUAAUCAGAUUCCUACUGACAAUGCAAUCCCCAGUGGCUUACCCCUCAACCCACUGAAGCAAGGGAUUCAACCAAAUGAAGGCAUCUACUUGAGCAAUAAUGGAGAGUAUAAUCCUAGUGAUAUAGAAUCUGCGAUGUCAACUGGGCUCUAUAAUCAGAAUGAAGAACUUGUUUCUCCUACAAAUGAAGACAUCAAUCAGAUGAAUGGACAAAGGAUGCUUCGAAAUCAUAAUCCUGUUAUUGAUUUUGAUCCUUUUGAUGGACUAGAAGAAGACUUCAAUUUCUACAAUCAUGACUUCGACACGUACGGAUAGACCUAAUCUCAGGUUGAUCCGAAAGGAAAAUCGAGUAAUCAGAAAAGGGAGAUAGGAUCACGAACUUUCAUCAUGUUGUUACUUUGUUUUGUUGUUUAGACCGAGAUGGUGUUGUAAUAAUCAGUGGAGUUAUGCGGCUUAGAUUUAGAUGGAGAUGGAGAUGGAGAUUUUUGGGUACUGAGUGCAUGAAACUAGAUUUAUGGUAUUGCUUCUGAAAAUUUGUUCUUAGCAGUGAUGUAAUGCAACCAUGUUUUUUACGCCCCCAGCAAAAUAUGAUCACUCCGUUAAUCAUUGUGAACUUGAUACGAGGGAUCUCCGACAUAAAGCUUCU